UACAUUAAUUUUAUUUUUAAUCAAAUUAAAAUGAUCCAUUGGAUCUGGGGAUAUUCCAAACUGACGUGGCAUCAUCUCCUGCAUCGGCGGAUUGUCUCCCACUGAUUUUUUUUUCUUUCUUCUUUCGUUUACUGCUUCCUCCUUCAAGAGGAAAUCUUCCACUUAUCCGCCAACUCAAGAUAUUAAACAAUUGAUCAAAUCAAUGGCCUCAUCAACAUCUAGGCUCACAUUCCGCAUAGUAAUAGCCGUCCUCCUCCUCCUGGUUCUCUUCUACGUUGGCCGUCCUCUUUACUGGAAAAUCUCCGCCACCAUCCACGACAUCCGCCACAACAAACAAACUGUCCAACAAGGUAUUUCACAGAUUAUGCAUGAGGCCCAGAAAUCUGUGGGGUGGUUUCAUGAUGAAUCCGACUCUGGAGUCCGUGACGAUCGCAGCAAACAGGCUUCAAGGAGAUUGCUUUUCAAGGUUUUGUGAUGGGAUUUUUGUUUGAUUCUUUCUUUUUCCACAGUUAUUGAUAAAUUGUUAUGUUUGUUAAUGGUGUAGAUCUGAGGUACUUCUUUGGUGAUUAAUAAUUUUAGUUUGGUUUAGUUCAAGUUACUAGGAUGUUUUUGUUCCUGUUAUAGAUUGAAUGGUUCUUUUUUUUCCCUCUCU